UGUUUGGUAUUCUUUUUGCCAAAUGUGUGGCCCCAUUGUUUUUACAUUUUCCCAAAACAGUGAAAUCAACCUAUCAGAGAUUGGACCUUAUAUUGACUACUUGAAAGAGAAGCAAGGUGUAAAUAGCAUAUUUGGUAAGUUUACACGUAGAUUCUUCUUUUGAUGUGUGUCAUUGUCUGUGCUUCCUUUUGAAUCACUGAUUUUACAUGUUGCUUUGUAGUUACACGUUACAUUUUGCCUGUAUUUUAACCGUAUUAAAAUAAAUAAAUACUAAGGUUUUAGUGUCGGGUUGCCAGCUUAUACAGGUUUAUAAAUUCCAAAUCUUACUCAACUAGUUUUUAACUUUUGGAUUACAUAAACUCAGUAAAAACAAAGCUUUUUCAAAUAAUAAAAUAAUCUCAUGUAAAAAAAACUAAAGACAUGAACUCCAGUUCUGUUUUCUUUUAGGAGAGAAAAGAGACAUAGUUGAUUCAGCAGAAUAAUGUGUUUGACAUGGUGUAUCAUACAAAUGCAUAGUUUAUUUUUUAAGAAAUGGCCAUUAAAUCUGUAUAUAUAACAUAUAAUAAAAACGAUUACUACACAAUAAUAAAUGGUCAAAAAGCAGAAAUAGUAGUUGCUCAUUAGCAUGCACAUCAGAACUAUAUUGGCUCUCUAUCAGUCACUGUAAAGCACCAAUAACUAAUGGUAUUCACCAUAGUGUAAGUGUGCUACCACAGGGUAAUUGAGUAAUAAAAUCCUUAAUAUGCUGUAAAGUGUUGAAGUGUCAUAUUGUGUUGAAACACAGUGACUUCCUCAUGUAUCGUGUUUUUUUGAUUGUUGAAAACCAUGUGAAGGUUUAAUUUUAUGACAAAAAGAAUUUUAAAAUUCUUGUAUUUGAAUAACUUCUAGACGUUUGUCAUUUUCCUUUAAAGGCAACCAAAGCAAGUAAUGAUUAAAAUCUUGAAAAUAAAUAAUCAGACGUAAAUUUAGGUUGGUUGAAUUAAACUUUGUUAAAUGUCAUUUAUUAGCACUAUAAUACAGUACAAACAAAAUCAAGCACUUAAUAACAUUUUCACCCCCCCCAGAAGUUGAAUACAUAGAACCCACAGCUGUGUUUUUGUAGGUGUAGGUGUGUACUCUUACGCCUCACUUACAGUCUAAAGUAACACACCUGUGGGCUUCUCGACAAACAACAUUACACUGUUGGGUCCACCAAAUAACUGCCUCAAAUAGAAACAGAGAAAAGUUAGCCAUAGCAAAGCUGUACAGUUUGUUCUUCUCCUUAUUUAAUCAAGGCUAAUCAGUGUUUGUAAUGAUCGCCGACUGUUUCACCCCGUCUUGUGCUCAUACUUCCGUCCAUGUGUGACCUUACACCUUACACAGCAGAGGAUGUUUGUGCCUCAUCUUGCCUCUUUUGGUCUUUUUUAUCUCACUGUUGCUGUCUGCGUAACUGCUCUUUGCCCUUGAUAUUGUUUUGUCCUGGUUAAUAUUGCACACUCAGCCCUCCUGGUGGUGGAUCGCUCUAUGAAUGGGCCCCACCGGAGGUUUCAUCCAACCUUGCCAAAAAAGGUUUGAUGCUGCCAGUGAAUGGCACCACCGGAGAGAGCAUGUCUCUCAGUGUUGCAGAGAGGAGGGACCUGGCAGAGGAAUGGUGUCGGAAAGCUAAGGGAAAAAUGGAUCAAGUGAUCGUGCAUGUCGGUUGCAUGUGUCUGAAAGACUCCCAAGAACUGGCUCGUCAUGCAGCACAGAUCGGGGCUGAUGGGAUAGCAGUCAUCUCCCCCUCUUUCUUCAAGCCCAGCACUGCAGGCGCACUGAGAACAUUCCUCCAUGAAGUGUCUUCCGUCGCUCCAACCUUGCCUUUCUAUUAUUACCAUAUUCCAUCAGUCACCGGUGUUAACAUUCUGGCGAGGGACAUUUUAGAAGAUGUGUGGGAACUCAUUCCCUCUUUCAAAGGAGUGAAGUUCUCAGGCAGUGACCUCAUGGAUUUUGGCCAGUGUGUCAGCUACUGUCAAACACACUGGUCAGUCCUCUACGGAGUGGACGAGCAACUGCUCGCGGCUCUGGUGAUGGGAGCUGACGGUGCAGUUGGCAGCACAUACAAUUAUUUGGGAUGUCAUGCUCGUGAGCUCAUGUCAGCAUUUGAGAAAGGCAAUAUUGUCCAGGCCAGAACGAUACAGUUCAAGAUGCAAGAGCUUCUCAGUUAUGCCAAGAAACUUGGCUUUGACCUUGGAGUGAACAAGCAGCUCAUGAACGAGUUGUCAGGUCUGUGUCUGGGUCCCCCUCGACUCCCUGUGAUGCAAUGUCCUAUGAGUGAAGCUCUGACCAUCGCUAAGAAAUACCGAAGCCUUUUUACGGAAUGCUGAUUUGGUCACACCAGAUUGAUUUAACUCCAUUCCCCAAUCUCCUGACCAGAUACAUUCUGUUCUGCAAAGCACUUUGUAACUGUGUUUUGAAAAGUUGCUGUAUCAACAAAUGUUAUUGUGCAAAAUGUUCUUUUGAGUAUUUUUUUGUUUUUAAAAUAGAC